ACUUCACCCCCCAGUCAUUGAGAACCCCAGUUACCCAGUCAGACGCUCAGUUGCUUCAACCCACUGUACUUUACCAUAAGAACAGGUUACCCGAUACCUUGAUCGUAACACUGGUGCUAGUCAAGUGACCUCAAUUAAAAAAAAAAGACGAUAUCGAGGCUAUGCUGAGGGAAAAAUAGUAUAAAAGACAGGCAAUCUGCUCGCCAGAUGGGAUUUCUCUUUUCUGUACUAUCGAAAACCACAACAUCUCGGUAUCAACUCUCCUUUACAAUCCUUUUCAAUAGCAACACCUGCUGGGCAGUUUCUUUUCUCUUCAACUUUCGCUUACUUUUUUCUUUCUUUCUAUUACUUCUUUCUCAACUUCAUCCAAAGGAACAGACAAGCUUUCAAAACCUUGCAACCACAACAACAAUGAAAACCCAACGCGUCACCGUCUCCGCCCUCCAGCUCACCGCGGCUAUAUACUUUGCCCAAGCGGCCCCUACCCCAGCCGAUGGAGCCGCCGGCUUGGCUGUCCGCUGCGCCGAGGCGUCCGACGCCAACGCAGCCGGGUGCCACUACAACGUCGCCCGCGACACGUCCUUCUUCGCCAAGCCCGCCAAGCGGGACACGGAUGCCGAAAGCGACGACGCGGACGACGUAGAAGGCCCCGAGAGCGGCGAGGCCGUCAAGCGCGGGCUUUUUGACUUUCUCAAGAAGAAGCCGCUGACCCCGGAGCAGCAGGCGGCCAAGGACGCCAAGGAGCAGAAAAAGGCCGCGGAGAAGGCCGCACAAAAGGCCGACGAAGCCCAGUUUGAUGCAUUUCUUGAGGAAACCCCCAACAGCGCCUUCAGACCCACAUUUGGCUUUGGCGGUUGAAGCAAUGUCAGAGGCCUGUCUAUGAGGACGAAAAAAUUCGUCUCGAGGCCGUGGAGGAAGGGUAAUAGGGAAAGCGGAUAAAUUUUUAGAUUUUUUUAGAACUAGAACUAGUACAACUUGUCCCGUGUCAUAAUUCCUAGACUAGCUAAUUACAAGGCAAACCACGUUGCAUCA